UUGAACAUGCAGUUGUGUUUGUUUUCCUGUGUGACUUUGAUGUUUGACCUGGCUUAGACCCAUACCCUGGGGUCAGAGGUCACAGUUUUGCCAGCGAGAGGAGCUAAACGUCAGUACAACAAAGAGCUAGAGGUCGCAACCUCAUUUACUAAGGUCACGAUCAGCGCCAAGGCAGCGGGCUUCCCUCCUGGUUCUCUGCCAGGCUUUUGUGACAUCGCGGCCAAGAUGAUCUCAGGCCAGCUUGACAUUUGGCUUGGCUAAUUAGUCCGAUUGCUUAAUCUCAUCAGCGGGAAUGGGAGGGGCCACAGCAGGGUUGUGGGUUCCUGUUUGGGGUUAGACUCCGCCCCUUUGGACACCCUGCUGAAAAGGAAGGUGCCGGGAACACAGCGGCCAGUUGGACUCAGGGUGGCAGGUCCAUCACACCCUCCUCUAGAGGACAAGAGACAACAACUUCCUGCAGCAGCUGCCCCCCAACCAAUCAGGCAAGAUGGCUCGAGACAUGUCCGACAAGGACAUCCUGAAAAUGGAGCUGGACCAACUGAAAAAGGAGGUCUCCACCCCACGAGAACCUAUCUCCAAGACGGCGAAGGAGCUGAUUGACUACGUAGAGGGCCUGUCUGGUGACGACCCUCUGAUGAAGGGAGUACCCGACGACAAGAAUCCCUUCAAGGACAAGGGGGGCUGCGUCAUCACCUAGCCCAGGGUGGCUCUGCUCUGGUCAUCCCCGGGCCAGAAGAACAGACACCAACCUAACACCAGGACUAUCCCAUGCUCAGCCUUCAGCACAGCGCUGAAUACAGACAACCUAGUAGACUCUGUUUCUCGCUCAACCAGCACAUCUUACAUUCCUGUAGUUAUGUUUGACACCUCACACACCUAUCUUCACACUUUUGGUUCCGGAAAGUUCUGACAGAUUGAAUGACCGGGGUUUUUUCAUGUAAAUAAAGCAUGU